GCCAGGCAACGAUCACGUUGCAAAAUAAACAAUCAAAUCGGAACCCGGCCUAGAGCAAAUUUACUUUCUUAUUUUAUUACUUGUGUCAACAAUUUAGAUAGAUAUUAUUGGAUUAUUUACUCGCUCGUACAUUGUUGUAUCAUGUUUUUUUGAGUUUAUCUAUGUAUAUGUAUGAAUAUGGUGCUGUUACCCGUGUGCGGAUCGGUUAUGUGCGGGAAGGACUUUCGGCAUUCUUUGAAGAAGCCGAGUCCUAACUACCCUUAUGGAUACAAGACCAAGAAACCGAGAGUUGUCCCCGCAUUUACCAUUCAAGCCCUACAAAAAAACACUCGUGUGAUACCGCCACCGAAAUGCGGUAUAUACGACCCGCUACCCCCGAGACCGACCAUGUUCAGAAAGUGUUACCAACGCGGCGAGUUCCCUGUCUCUAUAGAAUUCACGACCAUCGGGAAACGACUCGCUUGGAAGGUGCCUAUAGAGAAAUUGGAUUUUCACCAUUAUCUACCAAUGUUCUUUGAUGGUCUGGCGGAAGGAACGUACCCGUUCAAUUUCAUCGUAGAACAAGGUAUUCACGAUCUGGUCACUAAGGGAUCGUACAAAGUUCUGCCUGUGGUGCCACAACUGAUCAUCCCAAUCAAAAACGCUUUGGCGACAAAACGGCCGUCAGUUCUGUGUCACGCCCUCAAAUGCAUCCAGAUGCUAGUGACCGGAUGCGAUCGAGUGGGGGAAGCACUGGUGCCUUACUACAGACAGAUUCUACCUACGUUGAAUCUCUUCAAAGACAGAAAUCGUAACAUCGGCUCCGGUAUUGAUCACACGACCACCCGUGGUGAGAACGUCGCCGACCUCAUAGAAGACACAUUGCAAAUUCUAGAACGCUACGGCGGGCCUGAUGCAUUCAUCAACAUUAAGUACAUGAUACCCACAUACGAAUCUUGUGUUCAAAAUUAAAACUAAAUUUUGUAAAUUGCAUAUUAAUUUUUGAGAUUAUGUUCGUGGAAAGAACAAUUAAAUUAAAUUAAUAAAUUAUAUUUAUUGCUGGAUACUAAUUAUCUAUGAAUUAUUGAUAAUUUCAUUGAGAGAUUAGUAGCAAUCGUUGUACAUUAUUUUAAUGAUUUAGCAAAAAAAUAAUGUAUUUUUUAUGUCAGACAAAUGUCAAAAAUUCGAAUAGAAAUCGCAAGAGAUUUGACAAAUGAUGAAUGUAUAAUUUAUUUUCUGAUUAUUAGGAAUUUUUUUUAAGUAUAUAAAUUAUAAUAAUUAUAAUUUAUUUAUUAUUAUCACCAUUUAA